CGACAUGGCUCUCGACAGAAUCAGACAGCUUGCCUCUCAGCUCACGGGUACCACUCAAGGACUUUCGGCUUUGCGAGCUCGCAACCCCGAAGAUGUCGUUAUUACCAUGGCCAUCCGCUCGCCGCUCACGAAGGCCAAGAGGGGUGCUUUGAAGGAUACUGGAGUAGACGGUCUCUUGCUAGAACUGUUUAAGCAAACAAUUGCCAACUCCAAGGUCGACCCCGCACUUGUGGGAGACAUAUGUGUCGGAACCGUGCUUACUCCAGAUGCUUGCUAUCACGCUCGCGGUGCUUCACUUGCAGCCGGCUUUCCUGAAUCAGUCCCUGUGCAGGUCAUGAACCGGUUCUGUUCUAGUGGGCUGAUGGCAGCCACUACCAUCGCCAACCAGAUUCGAGUGGGCCAGAUUGAAGUCGGUCUUGCUAUCGGUGUCGAGUCGAUGUCGCAGAACCCUGACAAUGGCGGACCCGCCCAGUGCGAAGCGGUCACGGCUAAUCCUGCAUCGAAAGACUGUUUGAUGCCAAUGGGAUGGACGAGUGAGAAUGUCGCAAAGGAGUUCUCUGUCUCUCGCGAGAUCAUGGACGAGUUCUCAGCAAUGUCAUAUCAACGUGCCGAGGUAGCGCAGAAAGAAGGCCGGUUCAAGAAGGAGAUCGUGCCGUUCACAGUUGACGUCACGGAUCCCAAGACGGGUGAGAAGCGGCGCGUCACUGUCGACCAGGACGACGGAAUUCGAUAUGGAACGACGCAGGAGUCGCUGUCGAAGAUCCGGGCAGCGUUUCCUCAGUGGCAGCCGUCUUGCACCACGGGAGGGAACGCCAGCCAAAUCACGGAUGGCGCUGCAGCUGUUAUGAUGAUGACGCGAAGAAAGGCUGAGCAACUUGGACUGCCGAUCAUGGGCAAAUUCGUUACCACUACCGUUACAGGUGUUGUGCCCCGGGUGAUGGGAAUUGGGCCGGCAUACGCGAUUCCCAUGCUGCUUGAGAAAGCGGGGAUCAGCCAGGACGACGUGGACAUGUACGAGAUCAAUGAAGCGUUCGCGUCACAGUACGUCUAUUGCAUCAAGGCGCUGGGUCUAAGCCCCGAAAAGGUGAACGUAAACGGCGGAGCGAUUGCGUUUGGUCAUCCGUUAGGCUGCACCGGUGUGCGCCAGAUUGUUACUGGCCUGCACGAGAUGGAGCGCAGAGGGGCCAAGGUGCUGGUGACAUCCAUGUGUAUCGGCACGGGCAUGGGCGCCGCCGGACUUUUUGUGCGCGACUGAGGCAUGGGAUUGGUGGACGGGAGGGAUGGAACUAUUUCUGAUCUACUCACUCCUACUCAACAGUCUAUUUUUGUCAACCUGUUAUAAAAAUAGGACAGACGGCCUCGAAGUGUUGCUGGCCGGGAUGCCGUAUC